CCACCAGAGGGAGCCCUUUGCAAGGCAGAGAAAAACUGAGCUGCACCGCUGGUCUUUACUCCGUUAUAUUGUCCUCUUCUUCCAUAAUACAUCAUAACCCACUCACACAACAAGCAUUCACAAAUAGAUCUUAAUAAAGGACGGAAGUUAUGAAUUGAAUGUAGGUUCACUACAGUUUAUAGCCCUUAACAAAAAGAAAAACAACACAUUUCACAAGAUUCAUCAAAUCCAUUUCUAGGAACAGCCAAUCAGAAGUCUGGCAUUGACCCUUAAUCCCGCCCAGAUAAUUUGACGGGUGAAAUUGACAGAUUAAAUUAAUUAACUUAAACUGAUUAAACCAUAACAUGCUUGCAUCAAGUUUUCAAAAUGAAAUCGGGACAUUGAAAUGAGUAACACGUACAGUCGUUUUUAAUCCGUCAUUUCUGGUUUAAUUAGAUUUAUGACACAUUUGAACAAUCAUUUCUCAUUUAUUGCCGUUUCACGCUCCGUGUUUGCGCGCCUCUCCCACCUCCGGCUCCAGACGUCUUACGUAACAUCCCAGCCUGCAUCAUCCCUCACGGCUCAGCUCUCAGGAGAAGCAGGCAGGAGCUGAGCGGAGACUCUGGAAGUUCAGAGGAGGAUCUCCCCCUGAAACGCUCUCACCCCUCCCCACCUUGUUUCUUACACUUCUCCCCCACCCCCUCCCUGUGAUUGCGUUGCCUAAUCCAGGCGUAAAGUGUGUGUGUGUGUAGGGGGGGGGGCGAAGCAGGUAGCCACUUCCUGCAGGCUCUUGGUCUCUCUCCCUUCCCUUUCUCUGUGUGUGUGUGUGUCUCUCUCUCUCUGUGUGUGUGUCUCUCUCUCUCUGUGUGUGUGUCUCUCUCUCUGUGUGUGUGUGAGCUGAUCAGCAGCGGGAGGCGGUGGACGCGCUUCUCUUUCGUCCCGGACCGGUUCAGGUUGCGCUGCAGGGGAGGGACUCUGCUUGUGCAGGCUGGGCUGAGCUGCAGCGGGGAUGCAUCAAGCGGCGGAGACGGACCUCUGAGUUGACUGGAGACACCCAGGGCCUCCUCUUUCCUCUGAGAAAGAAGAAGAAGAGUGAACGCUGUUUCUCCACCUCCUGGUUCCUCCUCCUGCACCUCGCUGGAGCCGCUGGAUGGAGAGAGUCGCCUGAAGAAGGGAGAGCGGUGGAGUUGCUCUCCUCCUCCCCCCUUUCUCUCUACUGCACCAAAAGAAAACCCCGGGCUGGAUGAGACAUCAUGUCCUCGGCUGAAAGCGAGGAUUUAUCAGGCUACCGUUUGAGUGUGGUGCAGAACCCACCAGGCUGGGAGGUGGGGAUUUACUUGGUGGGCUUCUUGGUGCUGCUUGGUGCAGCGGGACUCAACAUCUGGAAGCUGUGGAAAUCUGGAACCUUCCCCGCCCCCUCGCCAUUCCCCAAUUUUGAUUACAGAUAUCUGCAAGAGAAAUAUGGAAACUCCUUCUCAGAAGUCAGACAAAAGAGAGUGGCGGCCAUCAACCACCGGCGCACCUCCACCACUUCCAGCCGUAAGCCCAGCCUGGCCCUCGGCGACACCCCCGACGCGUUCAGGGAGCUGGGCCACCUGGAGCUGAUGAGCAGGGAGCUGGACCCGACGGGCUUGGCUCAGCUCAACCGCUCCGUCUCCACCGACUCGCUCAGCUCCAUCUCCUCCAUCGCAAACAACUUUGGUCACGACUUCACGGUCGGCCAGCUUGAAGUGACCCUGGAGUUCGACGCGCCUCGGCAGCUGCUCCACAUCGCCCUGUACCAGGGAAAGGACUUGCUGGAGAAGGAGGAAGGGGACUUCCCCGGUUGCUUCAUCAGAGUGUCACUGGGGCCAGAGGAGUUCAACGUGGGAGUGACAAGGGUCCAGACGAACGCUUUCACCGUCAUCUUUGACGAGCGCUUCUCCGUCCCCAUGGCCCAGGCCGCCCUGGACGAGUACAGCCUGCGCUUCGCCGCGUUUGGCAUCGACGCCGACGAACGGAACAUCAGCGCAGGCUUGGCCGAGCUGAAGCUGUCGGACCUGGACCUGACCAUCAGACCGUUCAACGCCUGGCUCUACCUCCAGGACGUCAAUAAGGCCGUGGAUGCGGUCGGGGAGAUUUUGCUGUCUCUCAGCUACUUGCCGACGGCAGAGCGCCUCACGGUGGUCGUGGCCAAGUGCAAGAACCUAAUAUGGACCAAUGAAAAGAACACGGCAGAUCCAUUUGUCAAAGUGUAUCUGCUGCAAGACGGCAGAAAGAUCAGCAAGAAGAAAACCUCCACGAAACGAGACGACACCAACCCGAUCUUCAACGAAGCCAUGAUCUUCUCAGUGCCGUCCGCUGUCCUGCAGGAGCUCUCCCUGAGAGUCACCGUGGCGGAGGCCACAGACGACGGACGGGGCGAAAACCUGGGCCACGUGAUCAUCGGCCCCGAGGCCAGCGGCAUGGGGAUCACCCACUGGAACCAGAUGCUGGCCACGCUGAGGAAGCCCGUCUCCAUGUGGCACCCGCUGCGCAGGAUCUAACCCCACACACACACACACACACACACACACACACACACGCACACACCUUCACCAUGGAAAAUCUUCUUCUCGUUCCUUUGGACUCUUGUUUGGUGCCGCGUUACAACGUUAGGAUGUACAUUUGUGAGCGAUUUUAUUGGUACCACAUAUAUAUAUUAAUAUAUAUAUAUAUAUAUAUAUAUAUAUAUAUAUAUAUAUAUAUAUAUAUAUAUAUAUUUGGUUAAUUAGACUGUGGUAAUCAAUCAGUUUUAGUCUAAGUUUGGUUCUCUAUUAAACAACAGAAGGAGACAUGGAUGUGAAAUGGUUUUCUUCCUUCCACAGGACUUUCAGCUUAGAGUUUGGGUUGAAGUGUUUGGUAAGAAAACUCCCUGUACUUGCAUGGUGCCUACUCUGGUUGUAGCCUCUCAUAUGUGUGUUGACCGACAGGGAGGCGCAGGGCGGGCGUCGCUCCUCUUUCAGGAAAAAAAAAACACAAUCGUUUGUCAUUGAUUGCGCCUUGUUGGUUUAUUAUUUCCUGGUGGAUUCUGAGCUGUUUUAAAAUUGGCUUGUGUAACUUGUAAAGAGUGAUACUGAGAGAGUUUUUUUUUUUGUUUGUUUGUUUUUGUUUUUUAUUUAUUGUACCUUUAAAAAGAUGUAUAUCCAGGUACUUUUAUCCAGGUGAAAUAAUUGUAAUCUGUAGCAGUUGUUUCAGGGUGGCCGCCAAUCUAUGUUUAACGCAAUAAGCGCCGUGACGCUCUUCUCUCAUUCUCAUUUUUGUUGUUCCUCCAAAAAUUCUGCGUCCAAAAUCAUGUUUUUUUCCGACAUUAAACUUAUUCAGAAAAAAAAAACAAGCUUUAGCAUAAAUAUCAUCAUUGACCAGUUAACUAUAAUCAAAGCUCCUCUGGGAAUUUAACUUGUAAUGUAAAGCAUA